GGUGGCUGGUUUCGUCCGCAUUCGCUUCAGUUGGGCGGAGCGUGCGGAUAAACAUCAGCUGAGUGCCGUCCAGUCUGACAUGAUAUAAACUCACACAUUUAAUGUGUAAAUAAAGUGUUUAUAGAGGAUUUGGCCAUGUGGAUUACUCCAGAAGAAGUGUUACUGGCAAACGCGCUAUGGGUGAGCGAGCGCGCGAAUCCUUAUUUCAUCCUGCAGAGACGGAAGGGACACGGCCGCGGAGGAGGAAUCACGGGUUUGUUGGUGGGUACAUUGGAUGUUGUGUUGGAUUCGAGUGCUCGUGUCGCCCCGUACAGAAUUCUGCAUCAGACUGGAGAGUCUCAGAUCUUCUGGAACAUUGCUUGUGGCUCGUCUCGUAAGGAGAUCACUAAACACUGGGAGUGGCUGGAGACAAACCUGCUUCAAACUCUCUCCAUCUUUGACAGUGAUGUAGACAUCACCACCUUUGUCAAGGGUAAAAUACAGGGCAUCAUCGCUGAGGAAAAUAAAGGCAUCAGACCUCAGGAGGACGAGGAUCCUGGGAAAUUUCGUGAAGCCGAGCUGAAGAUGCGCAAGUUGUUCGGAAUGCCGGAAGAAGAGAAGCUGGUGAAUUAUUAUCCCUGCAGUUACUGGAAAGGCAGAGUCCCGCGACAGGGCUGGAUCUACCUGUCUGUCAAUCACCUGUGCUUCUACUCCUUCCUGCUGGGUAAAGAAGUUUCACUGGUGGUGCAGUGGACAGACGUCACACAGUUGGACAAGAACGCAACGUUGGUUUUCCCGGAGAGCAUUCGGGUCAGCACGCGUGGCACCGAGCACUUCUUUUCCAUGUUUCUCAACAUCAACGAGACCUUCAAACUCAUGGAGCAGCUGGCCAACAUCGCCAUGAGACAACUGCUGGACAACGAGAGCUUCGCUGCCGACCGCUCGCUCCCAAAACCCUGCAAGACCCUGAAGAACGUCUCUGCACUUAAAAGAGAUUUGGACGCCCGGGCGAAGAACGAGCGAUACCGAGCACUGUUUCGACUCACACAGGACGAGCGUUUGGACGGCCACACAGACUGCACCCUCUGGACUCCAUUUGCCAAGAUGCACGUUGUUGGCCAAAUGUUUGUUUCUAACAACUACAUCUGCUUCGCCAGUCGCGAGGAAGAUUUGUGUCAGCUCAUCAUCCCUCUGAGAGAGGUGACAAUAGUGGAGAAAGCCGACAGCAGUAGCGUGUUGCCGAGUCCACUGUCCAUCAGCACUAAAAACAAGAUGACCUUUCUGUUUGCCAAUCUUAAAGAUCGCGACUUCCUGGUACAGCGAAUCUCAGACUUUUUGCAGCGGACGCCUGACGGACCCUGUGGCCUAAUCGCUCAAUCCGAGAAUUCCAGCCCGAGCACGCCUCCCUCUUUACCUCCGUCACCUACACUGGGAGCAGGAGAGAUACCCCAAAACCAACACUACACACCCAAUCUGCCCACUGCCAAGCAUGGUCUCCUUCACAUCUACCAGCAGGACUUCCCAGAGGAGCUCGGACCCAAAGCUACGAGAGAGAAGAUGAAAGAAGAAUCGUGGAACAUUCACUUUUUUGAGUUUGGACGUGGAGUUUGCAUGUACCGGACGUCUAAGACCCGAGAGCUGGUUCUGAAUGGGAUACCAGAAAGUUUGAGAGGAGAACUCUGGCUGCUCUUCUCAGGUGCUCAGAACGAGAUGGCCGCACACCCGGGUUACUACGCCAGUUUGGUUGAGCAGGCGAUGGGUAAAUGUACCCUAGCAACCGAGGAGAUUGAGAGAGAUCUUCACCGAUCGAUGCCCGAGCACCACGCCUUUCAGAACGAGAUGGGCAUCGCUGCACUGAGACGAGUUUUAACAGCCUAUGCGUACAGGAACCCAGGCAUUGGAUACUGUCAGGCGAUGAAUAUUGUCACAUCUGUGUUGUUGCUGUAUUGUAAUGAAGAAGAGGCGUUUUGGCUGCUUGUUGCUCUGUGCGAACAAAUGCUGCCUGAUUAUUACAACACUAGAGUUGUGGGAGCAUUAGUGGAUCAGGGCGUGUUUGAGGAGCUCACCCGUGAAGUGUUGCCGUUGUUAUACGAGCACAUGCAGGAUUUGGGUGUUAUCUCCACCAUCUCUCUGUCCUGGUUUCUCACACUUUUCCUCUCCGUCAUGCCUUUUGACAGCGCUGUCCUGCUGGUCGACUGUUUCUUUUACGAGGGCAUUAAAGUCAUUUUUCAGGUGUCUUUAGCUGUGCUAUAUGCUAACAUGGAUCAACUGCUGGCCUGCUCAGACGAGGGAGAAGCCAUGACUAUUCUGGGCAGAUAUCUGGAUAAUGUUGUGAAUAAGCAGACUGUUUCUUCACCCAUUCCUCACCUUCACGCCCUGUUGACCAGUGGCAACAGCCCUCCACCUGAGAUUGAUGUGUUUGAGCUCAUUAAAGCGUCCUAUGAGAAGUUUGGCAGUCUGCGUGCUGAUGUCAUCGAGCAGAUGAGGUUCAAACAGAGAUUAAAAGUCAUACAGUCCCUAGAAGAUACAGCCAAGAGGAGCGUGGUGCGAGCCAUCAUGACUGAAUCAGCCUUCAGUAUUGAGGAUUUGGAGGAGCUCUAUGUUCUGUUUAAGGCCAAACACAUCAUGAGCUGUUACUGGGGAGCCAGCAGCACACCGGCGGAGCGUCACGACCCGAGCCUGCCGUAUCUGGAGCAGUAUCGCAUCGACUGUGGUCAGUUCGUUCAGCUAUUCUCCGCUCUUGCACCCUGGAGCUGCGGCCUUCACUCCAACACACUCGCCAGCAGACUCUUCCGCCUGCUUGACCAAAACAAAGACUCGCUUAUCAACUUUAAAGAGUUUGUCACCGGUCUCAGUGGGAUGUAUCAUGGAGAUAUGACUGAGAAACUAAAACUACUCUACAAGCUGCACUUGCCUCCUGCAUUGUGUCCCGAAGAGGCGGAGUCAGCGCUGGAGGCAACACAAUUUUUUACUGAUGAUGACACACCCCAGGAUCCUCCCUUCCUGUCUCAUGCGGACUUCCUGGCACAGGAAGUGACCUCAGGUGAGGAGCAGAAGGAGGGAGGAGAGGGAGUGACCGGUGACACAGAUGAGAAGAAGGAGGAGAAGCCAAAGGAUUAUAAAUACUAUUUGAGAAUGUGGGCCAAAGAAAGAGAACCAAAGAAAGAGAAUAUCAAAGAUCUGCCACGCAUGAAUCAGGAGCAGUUCAUUGAGAUGUGCAAAACUCUGUACAACAUGUUCAGCGAGGACCCAAUGGAGCAGGAACUUUAUCACGGCAUCGCCACAGUGGCGAGUCUCCUGCUGCGGAUCGGAGAAGUAGGCAAGAAAUUCACCAACAAUGGCGGCAAAAAAUCCGAAGCUCAGCCAUCCAGUGCAGACGAAACUUCUUUGCAGCCAGACAAAGAAGACUCGUCCGGGGAGGGCGGAUCUGGACAGUCCCUGGUCUGCAAAGCCCUGGCUGAGGCGCAGCUGGAGACGCCCCCUCCGACAGUGGUCUCUUCGUCAGAGCCGGAUGCCGAAGACGACACCUCCGUUUCAUCCUACUCCGUGGUGAGCGCGGGUUCGCUGAUGUGCGAUGAUAUCGGCGACGACACGGUUCUUAUCGGCUGCGUUGGAGGAGAGGGGGCGGUUCGGAGGAGGGGCAGCGCACCAGAUGCCGAUUGGUCGAUCACUUUCGAGCAGGUUUUAGCAUCUUUCCUAACGGAAUCAUCGCUGGUUGACUACUUUGAGAAAAAACAUGACAUUGAGAGCAAAAUAAUGACAUGCAAGUCGCUGAGAGCGGUGGAACGACAGAUUAGUUCAUCGAGUGAUCACGAUUGUACUCCAUCUGUACACUGACACACACGCGCACGCUCAUACGCAAUGCAUGAACACAAACCUGCACAACACAGAUGCAAAGCGAGCAUUAGUGUAUGUGUAUAUAUGUCGUGACCAAUACGCCAGAUCCCAUCAACAGGAGUUUGAUGCUUCUAGUGUGUCAUAGUCCACAAAUAAUGUGUUAAAAUUCUUGCCAGGAGCUUCUAAGAUGUCCACCUAGGUGUCCGGUUUUGUUGGUGUUCGUACUUUGAAUGCAUCAACUAAAGGCCUGAACGCAAGGAUUCGACUUUAAAAGUUCUUGUUGGUAUCUUGGUUUACAUAUUGAAUGUAAACCAAGAUGCCUUGCAUAUAUACAGGAACUGUGUACUGUAUGUUAAAAGCCGAAUGAAAGACUGGUCACACUAAAAUGUUUAAUUUGCACACUCGUCCCCCAAGUUGUAAUGAAGAGAGAUUAGUUCACACUGAAGUCUAUGUCACUAAUGCCGUCUUGCACGUGUGCUAUAUGUAGUGUACUUGAAGAAAGUGUCCUUUAGGUGAAUACGAAUGCUCGACUUUAAAAUUCGUUUUUAAAUCCUCACACCGAUGAUCGUUCUGCACUCUUAGCUUUGCUUCAAAGCCCUUAUUGCGUAAAUGCAUAUCUGUGUGUUGAUGGAAAAACGCAGCUUUACUGUUUCUAAAUGUCAUUGCCUUAAACCAUCAGACAGUUAACGGUACAGUUGGACGGCGUUUGUUGUGAGGAACAGAAGAUCAUGCAUCAGGUAGGACUGAUGUGUUGCUUUCUGUAAGAGUUGAUUGAGAUGUUCGGUAUCUAACAUCUGCAUACACUUUAUAGAAGUGGUUGUCUGGACAGUUUACUUUAUAUAUGAGAACAGAACCGUUUAAAAUGUAGCCAAAUAUGAGAACAGUUUCAAUGUAAAUUUUUGUUUAUUAUAUCUAAGCCCGUCAGGCUCGAUUGAGCUCUUGCGAUCAGCAAAAUCUCAUUUAUGAAUCACAGGACUGCGUGUGAAUCGUUCA